UGUGGACAAUAUCAAGAUCUAAUGUUGCUAUCUGAGGGAGAAUCUUUUGCUUAUACAUAUACUGACAUUGAAUAUUAUGGAAAGAUGGCCCGUCCUUAUAACCAGCCCACCUUUUACUAUUCAUCUGACGUGCAAAAUAUAUUUAACCGGCGAUUUGAUUACACCUUAGUAUUGGAUGCCGAUACAGGGGUGCCGGAUGGAACGGUAGAAAAACUUCUCGGAAUAGCUGCAGCAAACCCAGAGAAAGGGAUCAUCCAACCAUCUAUAAAACUAAGUCGCGAUGUAAACGAUACCCUGUACAUGAGACUGGAAGCGAUGAGACAAAUGAUCUACGAGCCAAUGACAAAUGCUGUCACAGCAUUACUCGGUCAGUGUGGUUUCUUCGGAAAAGGGCUCAUCAAAAACCGUAUAUACAUCGAUAACAUAAUCGGGAGUAGAGACAAUCUAAUCGAACGUGUUCCUAUUGAUGUUCUUAGUCACGACACAUUUGAAGCAGCUUUACUCAAACCCUACUAUGCCGGCUCAGUGUUCUUACUGGAAGCUCCCAGUUUUAAUUACAUUACAUGGAACAUUCGAGAACGACGUUGGAAUCGAGGUGAGGUUAUAUUAUCCAUGUACUUCUGGAAAAAUACGAUUGGUAUAAUUUUUAGGAGCUUACAGAAAGUUUUUCAAAGGGAUAAGUUUAAUAAAACAGUUCUGAGGACGGAAAGUAAACUUGAUUUCGUUACGGCUUAUAUUGCCCAUUCGGCAUUAAGACAGAUGUUAAUGAAACCUUUCUUACUUAUAUUUAUUUGUUUACACGUUGGUAUAGAACUCAGGUUUUCAAUUGCCCCAAUCGCUGUCAUUAUGUUCUUGGUUCUUGUCUUCCCUAAAAUUGCUACGUGUACCAGAUCAAACGUUAAAUAUGUUAUAAUUGAAACUUUGACAUCCAUCUUACAAUUUACGCCUGAAGCCAUUGUUGGUUGCGUACGCAUCUUUCGUGCAAUCCAAGCGAAUAUUUCCGCCAAUUGUAAAUGGAUUCCACAAAGAUCUAUCGAAGAAGAAUUUAAAAACUGCAAUCCUUUCCUCUCCAGUCUGAAACACUUAUGGAUGUACUCUUUAUUGGCCGCUGUUGUUGCUCCGGUGGUAGUGAUUUUUGUUCCAAGUUCAAGCAUUAUUCUCUGUAUGUUGAUAACUUUAUUUCUUCUUCCGCUGUUUACUGGGCUAACAUCACUAACUAUGGACUUGAAAUCCUCCCGAAGUGUAAUUUCAACUUCAAAACAGCACCUACAAGUUAGUGUUCUUGGAAGUACUAGCAGCUUGACUUUAGGUUUAAAAACGACGACUAUCAAUUCUACGGGUGCUUACCUAAACCAGGCAUAUGAUAAUAUGUGGUAA